AUGUUGCGAAGGUUCUCUACUACCUUCAAGAAGUCGAAGGGCGAUCGCGAGACCAAGCAGAAUGGCGCGCAGGUUAACAGCGGCAAGCGCCAGUCCAAGCUGUCCUCCACGGCAAAAUCACCGUCGGAUGAUGGACAAAGCGAAACGCUAGAAGACGGCGUGUCCGUCUUUGAGAAGUAUUCCCAGGUCCUUCAUGCGUCGCGACGCCCUCUGCCGAACCAGACGGGAGAUACCAUCUGUCAUGAUAAGGAACACUCGGGUAGCAUAUUCCAAGAUGUUCGCGCCCUUGGUUUCAAGGACAUUGGAACUGCUAAAGACCUUAUCCGCCAGAAGGUCAAGGGCGAGCAUACAGAUGAUAAGACCAUGCUAAUGGAGCGAAUUAUCCAACUCGUUUCUGGCCUUCCUGGAAACUCGAAGAACCGCGUCGAGUUGACGAAUGCUUUCCUGGAUCAGCUAUGGGGAUCUUUGCCUCAUCCUCCCCUUUCGUAUAUGGGAGAUGACUAUGCCUACCGUAAUGCGGACGGCUCCAACAACAACCCUACUCUGCCAUGGCUUGGUGCAGCCAACACACCCUAUGCUCGUUCGAUCGCUCCUUUGACAAUUCAGCCCGGCGGACUGCCUGAUGCGGGUCUUGUAUUUGACUGCCUGUACGCGCGUCAAAAAUUCAAUCCCCAUCCGAACAAGGUCUCUAGUGUUUUCUUCGACUGGGCUUCUCUGAUCAUCCACGAUAUCUUCCAAACGGAUCCCCGAAACCCUAAUGUGAAUAAGACUUCGGGCUACCUUGAUCUUUCUACCCUGUACGGUGACGUUCAGGAAGAGCAAGACUUGAUCCGAACACAUAAAGACGGGAAACUGAAACCUGACUCCUUCUCUGAGCCUCGUCUUCAGGCUUUUCCUCCAGCUUGCUGUGUGCUGCUGGUUAUGUUAAACCGAUUCCACAACUACGUUGUAGAGCAGCUGGCGGAAAUCAAUGAAAAUGGCCGUUUUACUAAGCCUCGCGCCGACCUUCCCGAAGAAGCGGCUAAAAAGGCAUGGGCGAAAUACGACAAUGAUCUAUUUCAGACUGGUCGGCUGAUUACCUGCGGCCUUUACAUCAACAUCACUCUGUAUGAUUAUUUGCGCACCAUCGUCAACCUGAACAGAGUUAAUAGCACGUGGUGCCUGGAUCCCCGUGCCCAUAUGGAGGGUAACAGCAAUACCCCAUCGGGACUGGGCAACCAAUGCUCUGUCGAAUUCAACCUGGCCUAUCGCUGGCACUCUGCCAUCAGUGCUAAUGACGAGAAAUGGACCGAGAAGAUAUAUGAAGAGCUAAUGGGAAAGCCUGCAUCUGAAGUCUCUGUUCAUGAGCUAUUGAUGGGUCUGGGCAGAUACGAGCAUGGCAUGCCCAAGGAUCCUUCCAAGCGUACAUUUGCACACCUUGAACGUCAGGAGGACGGAACAUACAAGGAUGAGGAUCUUGUUAAUAUCCUGGCCAAUGCUGUUGAGGAUGUUGCCAGCUCCUUCGGUGCUCGGAACGUGCCAAAGGCGCUCAAGGCCGUGGAAAUCUUGGGUAUUCAGCAGGCCCGCAGGUGGAACGUGGGGUCCCUCAAUGAGUUCCGCAAGUUCUUCGACUUAAAGCCAUACGAGAGCUUCGAGGACAUCAACUCUGACCCUGAAGUUGCCGACGCGCUUCGCCACCUUUACGAGCACCCGGAUUACGUGGAACUGUAUCCGGGUAUUGUUGCUGAAGAAGCCAAGGAACCUAUGGUCCCAGGUGUCGGUAUUGCUCCCACUUAUACAAUUUCCCGGGCUGUCCUGUCUGAUGCGGUGGCACUUGUCCGUGGUGACCGCUACUACACGAUUGACUAUAAUUCUCGAAACUUGACAAAUUGGGGGUAUAACGAGGCUCGGUAUGACCUCAAUAUCAACCAAGGCUGCGUGUUCUACAAACUUGCCACGAGAGCCUUCCCCAACUGGUUUAAGUAUGAUUCAAUAUACGCCCAUUAUCCGAUGACGAUUCCCAGCGAAAAUCGAAACAUCAUGAAAAACCUAGGUCGGGAGUCGCAUUACUCGUAUGAUCGGCCGAAGUUCACUCCUCCCCAUGUGAACCUUGUCUCCUAUCCCAACGUUAAAUUGGCCCUGGAGCAAGAAAAAGAUUACCGUGUGGUCUGGGGAGGUAUCACGAAACUCUGCCCAGGUAAAGGUGGAGACGACUUCUGGAGCAAGGCCUUCAACAAUGACCAGUGGCGUCGGAACAUCAAGGAGUUCUACGAAGAUGUCACCAUGACCUUACUCCAAGACAGGUCCUGUAAACUUGCGGGUAUUAGACAGAUCGAUGUCGCACGGGAUCUUGGAAAUCUGGCGCCUGUCCACUUCGCAUCCAAGAUUUUCUCGCUUCCCUUGAAGACCAAGAAAAACUCUGGCGGUGUCUUUACUGAGCAUGAGAUGUUUACUACCUUGGCUGUUAUUUUCACCAGCACCUUCUUCGAUGUGGAUAAGUCUAAGUCAUUCCCAUUGCAUCAUGCGGCCCAUGCUGUUUCCGAGCAGCUCGGCCAGGUAGUGGAGCGCCAUGUUAAGUCGGUAAACUCGCCUGGAUUCCUUUCUGCUAUUAUUGAUAAUUUCACCGAUGACCACAAUGUCCUGAAGGACUACGGGAACCAGUUGAUCAAGAAACUCCUGGAGAGUGGCCUGGGUGUUUCCGAGGUUACCUACUCCCAGAUCCUACCCGCAGCUGUGUCAAUGGUCCACAACCAGGCGCAGAUGUUCACACAAAUCAUCGACUACUACCUAUCUCCGGAGGGUAAAAAGCACCUUGCUGAGAUUAACAGCCUUGCCAAGCAGGAUAGCAAGGAGUCGGACGAGAAGCUGACACGCUACUGUCUCGAGGCCUUCCGCCUCAACGGAAACUUUGGCUCUUAUCGUGAGGCCCAGAGGGACUUCACGGUCACCGAUGAGGCCGGAGAAUCUAAUAUCAAGGAGGGCGACACAGUCUUUGUCGGAGCUGUGAAGGCUAAUCGGGACCCUCAGGUCUUCCCUGACCCCGAUGAAGUGCGUCUGGACCGACCACUGGAUUCCUACAUCCAGUAUGAUCUUGGUCCACACACUGGCUUGGGUAAGGAAGUCACUUUACUAGCAUUGACAGCCAUGCUGCGCGUUGUAGGCCGUCUGGACAACCUCCGUCCUGCACCCGGGCCACAGGGUCAAGUCAAGAAGAUCCAUCGUAAGGGUGGCUACUAUACUUACCUGCGUGAGGAUUGGGGCAGUUAUUCACAGUUCCCAACAACGUUCAAAAUCCACUUCGACGGAGAGCUUCCGACAGCGAAGAAGCGAGUGAUUUAA